AUGAAAAGUGACAACAGAAAGCCACAGCACUGGAAGGUUGCAGGAAGAGCAGCGAGUGAGAGUAGAAAAGUAUUAACCGCCAAAACACGUCCUUUGCUUGGCUUUUUUUGUUUACACCUCAUUUCAUUAACUUUCUCAAACAAGCCAAAUAGGCAUUAAUCAGCCAUGCAAAUUCUUAUUAGCCACUGUAGACUCUCUCGUUAGACCAGAUCCCUGGCCAAAUUUAUUCCUUUUUAGAUUUUUACCAAUUCUCCUUUCUCUUUUUUCUUGAUUUUCAUGGCAACCUUACUGCAUUUCCAUGUAUGUGCUUAGCGACCAUUUAUUGAAUAAUCUUGAGAAAGUGCACCCGGGGUUGCGGGGUUGUGAAAUUGCAUGUAAAUUUUACCCCAACUGAGCGGGUUACCUCACCUGUUUGGGGUCUCUCACCUCAAUGUAAACAGGCCCUUAGAACUACAGUGGACGUCAUUGAGAACUUUUCCGAAACAGUGUGAUACACGUACAAUUUUUUUCCCUUAAGAAACCUAAUUGUAAUUCGACGUUCUCGCUGCCCUCUUCGUCGUGGUUGCGGCUUAAACUCCCUAAUAGUAUCAGGUCGGAGAUUGGUAGCUCUUUGUUUGUUUUUUUUUUCACAACCCACUUACGUAUAUGUUUUCAUAUUUUUAGCCCAGUUUGAAUGCGAAAUGCCCUUAGGUAUGGAAAAUGGUAAGAUUUCUGAUGCUGAGAUCGAAACCGAGACUAAUAGUUUUGAUGCUAAUUCCGGGCCUGAGAAAGCCAGACUGAGGUCGCCAACGGGAUACCGCGCCGAUCCAGAGGCUUUGAACCAAACUUUACUGAAUUACAUCCUGGUCAAAUUACCUAAGGAAAUGAUUGUAACAGGAAUCGCCACACAGGGCCUUGGUAAAGAGUGGGUGAAAAAGUUUGAACUGUUAGCGGACAAAAAUCAAAGUGAAUUGAUCAGUUUCAAGGACGUUGUUAAUGGUACGACUCUUAAAAAGGUAAGACAAUUAUCUACGGCUUGCCUGCAAUGGUAAUGCUGGUUGCGCAAUUUUUGUGGAUUUCACUGAAUGCAAAAUACUUCUAUUGUAAUUCGAUCUUUUUCACGAGUAGCUGUAGAAAGCGCCGAUUCUGGAUGGAGAAUGCGGUAUUAAUAUUAGUAUAGUUGGGAAAUAGAUUCAGCUAGAGGUUGUCGUGAGCACAGUUUUCUUAAUACGGUAUGACAUCUACGGUUGUGAAAAAUUUUUAAGAACUGAUUCGGCUUGAGAUUUUAAAGAAGGUGAAGUGAUAUCUUUACUGGAAAGGCUACCACAAAAAGACAUAACUUGCGUGGAUUACUUGCAUGGUGACGCAUUUAGAGAGUUGAUUAUGAAUGACGUGUUUGUAAGUUAACUAUCCGUUGAUUAAUUAUUGAAUUUCUUGUUUGCAGAAAUUUAAGGGUAAUACUGAUGGCGAUAGUAUCGUGUUCAAUUCAGUUCCGUUUCCGCUGAAGACAGCAGAAGUCUAUAUACACCCAACGGAUUGGCAUAAGAAUAUUGCUUUGCGAUUUGAAAUUUACGGCUGUGAACCACGUAAGAAACAUCGCCUCUUAAUACCUAUUGAAUUUUGCACUGCGUUAAUUUGCUAAUCGCUAAUUUGUUAAACCCGCUGCUACAUAUACACUUACUCCACUAACUAAUUAAAAGGAACAGUUGUCGGGUAAGAAAUAGGUGAUGCUUAACUUGAUUAUUUUGUGACUAAAUAUUAAUUAGAAAUUGACAUUUGUAGCGCAAAGAAGUUAGAUUUCGUGACAUUUGAUUUCACAGUAAAGUAGACAAAGUCCGAGUAUUUUUACGAUAUAAAAUGAUGUAACUGCAUGCAUUUUCUUAGGCUAAAUAAGGUGAAAGAACGUGCGAUUUUGUAAUGGGAACUUUUACUGUACAUGUGAUGAAUGUAAAAGCACUGCUUUACGCAAGGAUAGUAGAAAAACCACUGUAUACUUAGAAUGUUUUAGUUGAUCGUUUAGUUACGUUUAUCGUUGAUCGUUGUGUUAGAACCGUUGAAUGUGUGAGAAUUGUACAUCGCAGUAGACUGUUGGAUUGGAUUAAAUCGUGUUGUUACAUCAAACGAUACAGUCCUCUUGAUUUGUGUGAACCAGCGAGCGGGGUUAUUAGAAUGCGGCAAUGUCUGUCAGAAAACCUCAAAUGUCUUCUGUUUGCAGCUUCGUACGACUUCACGAUCGUCACUUUAAAGAUGUGCAUUUUAUUCGCAAUGUCUAUCAAAAUAUACUGUUUUCAAAUUCAAUUCAAUUCAUUUUUAUUCACACUUUUACAAAAUAUUUACAUUACACUGUAUAUAUAGUAAGGUAGGAAUACACGAAUAAAGAAAAAGAAGAAGAAGAAGAAGGAAAAAAGAAAAUUAAUGGCUUGGAUAGAAGUGUACGGUGGUCAGAGGAGCUUAGCUUUCGAGCUAACCACCGCUAUAUUAUGAGUGGAAAAACAUAAAAAAUGUGCGCUGAUGGUGCCAUGGCAACUAUGGAUGAUUAUAUCAGUCGUCAUUUUAUGUGAAACAGUCAUAUUACAUUGUUACCUUUGAAAGUUAACUAGAAUUCGCUUGUAUUCUUUUUUGAACUUAUCGUAGCUAAGUGUUUUUAUUUUAGUAGGAAUCUCUUCCCAAGUUUUGGUUAUGACCUUACACGUGGUGCAUGAAAGUUAAGAUGUGAGGCAUAUCUGGUUUUGUGUGAGUGAAUAUCAGACACCUUUACGAGAUAGUUUUGAAACACUUCAGGGAUAUUGGCGUCAUUUUGUGAGCUAGCAAGAAGAUUUUAAGAUUAAAAAUGUUAUCUAUGUUAGGUAUAUCUAGAAAUUUGAGGUAGGGUGCACUACUUUCUCUAUUAUGGCUAAAAAUAUGCAGCGUAUACAUUUAUUUUGUUUUGUUUGAACUCUAGUUAAUCUAAUAGGUAUGUGUUUCCCCAACUCAUAAUUCCAUAAUGAAGGUAGGGGUAGAUAAGUGAGUAAUGUACUUUUUUUUGAGGGUGUUUAAAGUUAAGAAAUGUUGUAAUUUAAAAAGGAUUCUUAAGUUUUUAGAUAUUUUGCUGUUUAUGUGCUGAAUGUGGGGAGCCCAAUUUAGAUUUUUGUCCAUGUAGGUAUUUGAUGUAGUUCUUUUCUUCAAUAUUGCGUAAAUUAAGCUUAAGUUUAUUUGCUUUUUGGAGGGAGGAGAUUGUCAUAUAGUGGGUUUUCCUAGAGUUUACAGAAAGUUUAUUAGCUGAGCAGUAUAUAGCUAAGAAGAUGGUUGAAUUCCUCAUUUAUAGUUUUUUCAAGGUCCUGUAGAGAAUUGGAAGAGUAGAAUAGAGUGGUGUCAUCAGCAAAUGUUCUAAUAUCUGCCUUUUCUAAACAAUUGGGCAUGUCAUUGAUAUAUAUCAAAAAACGAAGUGGGCCAAGGGUAGAACCUUGUGGUACACCACAUUGGAUAGAAACCACUGGAGUAGGACACCACGGAUCCCCCGUAUCUGUAUAAUGUCUGUAGUAGGAUCUGAUGGUUGGCAGUAACAAGGCUUUAGAUAGGUCAAGAAAAAUACUGCAUAUAGCUUCAUUGCUGUCAAUUUUUAUUUUAAGAUUGUCAGUGAGUUCAAGAAUUGCUUGCUCAGUAGAAUAAUUUAUCCUCAAGCCAAAUUGGUGUUUAUACAGAAAAAAAUGCCCGGCGUAAUGAUUUUUCGGUCAUGGUGUAACGAAUAUUUAUGCCUCCUUGCCCGCUUGUCUUUUAUACCCUUAUUAUAAAGAUAAUCUUUGGCUAAAUUCUGGGGUCGUCAGUCGAGCUACGUUUGCAAGAGCGCUUAAAGAAAUAAGGAACAACGAAGGUGUUUGGGUAUAAUUUUGGCCACGCAAGAUGGCCGAUUUAUUGAUUAAAUAUAACAUCUUCAAACAAAUUUGAAUAGCUAUGAUUAUUUGAUUUUUUACGCUCUGGCAAAGGUGAAGGCGGAGAAAAAAGGCACCCAGAGUAAAUAUACUACUAUUAAGAAAGAGGCGGAGGAAGGGAGGAGGAGGGUCAAAUUCGCAAAGCUUGUUACGUCAGGAGACAAAGAGGAAGACUUCGGAGAACACAGCUUGUCUUAUACCCUUACCGUAAAUGAAGUCGAGGCUAAGUACUUUUCCGAAAGAGCUCGUGACUGGUAGUUUUACAGCAAGUAAUAUUCCGGCAAGUAAUUUACCAGCUAGUGAUUUCCCGGCUAGUAAUUUUCCGAUUGAUCUCGUGAUAGUCGUGUGAUCAAUACUUGACUACUUUGUGUCAAAUUGGACCCUGCUCACAGCUCUUCCCUGCCGAUUACCUAUGUCAAAGGUGAAUGCGUGACUAGGAAUAAGUGCCCCUCUUAGCAAACUAACAUAAAUCAUUGCGUGACUAGGUGACAUUAACAUUUUUAUUUGCAGGCAAAUAAACUCCUUUUCCAUGAAUUUGAUUUCUUUUUCCUAGAUUACUAUUUCACUGUUUGGCUUGAAGUCCUUGGCACAAAAUUUUCUCUGAAGUAUAUGGAUCGUGAUGACGUCGACACAAAGAACAUGGAAAUUGAGCUUCUGAACCAGGUAUACGCUUGAUAUUGAUAUUAGGGCUUACUUGAUAAAGUGUACUUUAGGCUGAAAAAUUGUUGUAGGGCGUGGAAGGGAUCAAUUGAGAAAAAAAUUAUUGUUCCCCUUCAUUUAAAGUAUUGCAUCAAUUUGCAGGAUGAACAGUAUCUUCAAAAUGUGGCUGGAUUUAUCUCAACUCAAUCUCCAAGGGGACGUAAACGAACCCAUAUUGUACACUGUUGGAAAAGAGUAGGGGACGUUUCCCGAGUGGCGGCGUGGUGUAUCAGUCCCGAAAUAUAAUUUUAUGCUUUAAGGUGUUUCGAUAUAGUUUUUUAGAGGCCAUACCGAUAUUUUUCAAUCGCUUUAAAAGUGAUUUUGUCCUUGUCUGAUCGCUAUAAAAUUUUUACCAAUGAUUGACUAUAGAUUGAAAUUUGUCAAAAUUUAGGUUUUAGUAAAAUCCAAACAUGACAACAAUAAACAAAAAACCUUGAAACUGAUAAACACCUAAUUUUGUACGAUCUAGACCAGCUAAUGAAAAUCCAACUCUAGGAACUUAAAGUUUGGUGUUUAGCAAAUAACCUCCGUAAGAAGUAAAAAGUUCUGUAUGUUUGAAUUCGACUAAAACGAAAAUAUAUUUCAAACCUUAAAUUUUCAAUAGCCGUAGAUAAAUAGAUUAAAUGGAUUAUUUAAUAAAAACAUUAUAAAUGACUCAAAUUAUUCUUAAGUAGCGUCAGAAAACUGCUUAAUAUCAUAUUUCGAUGCUAGGAAAUUUUGGUCUAUUUUCGUUCUUGCGAUUUUAAAAACUGACCCGUUUUCUCACCACCUGUCUAAGUGCAACUUCACUCAAAAUUUGGACUUUUAGCGCUUUUUUGUAUAUCUCUGAAACGACUCGAACGAAUUUUUUUAAAAUCUUUUCACAUAUCCUACGAACCGGUCAAAAAUCCGCGUUACAACAUUCACUGUUUUGACGUUACACUAAUUUUUCCAAAUUAACGUGGACAAUACAUAUAUCCAUGACCAGUACAUUGCAGUGUGAGUAUUAUCAAUGUUUUACAUUCAAAUGCAAUAAAUUCAAUCUAACAUGUACUAGUCAUGGAGGUAUGUAUAGUGCGCAUUAUUUUGGAAAAAUACUGUGUCUCAGAGUAAAGGCUCAACCGUAUUUUGUAAGCUUCAGUUACAUGCUCUUAGCAAGAAAACCGUGCUUAAAAUUUCGUUUAAUCGUACUUUAAACUUGACCAUCUUUCUGCGAAACUGGCCCUAUUGGUUUUUUUAAAUUAAAAAUUGCAUCAAUUUGCAGGUUGAAAAGUAUCUUCAAAAUGUGGCUGGAUUCAUCUCCGUUGAACUUGAUCGCUUCAGGUUGGAAACCAUUAUUGAUACUGAAGGUUUAUGA